AUGGUGAACCCCACAAAAAAAGAGAAGAGAACUUCUCAUCGCCACACUGUUCAACAGACUCAGAGACUUGAAGCUUAUUUCAAGGAAUGUUCUCAUCCAGAGGAAUCGCAACGACUCAGUUUAUGUAAGGAGCUGAAUCUCGAACCAGACCAGAUCAAAUUUUGGUUUCAAAACAAAAGAACUCAGAACAAAGCUCAGGAAGAAAGAAAUGCUAACAACUUCCUUCGUGGAGAAAAUGAAAGGAUCAGACGUGAAAACGAAGCUAUGUUAGAGGCUUUAAGAAAUGUUACUUGUCCAACUUGUGGUGGUCCGCCUCUUGGUAUAAACCGCGAACACAAUUUUCAAAACCUGUGUUUAGUAAACACGUUUCUCAGAAAAAAGCGUGACAAUCUGGCCAACAAUGUAUCCAUGAUCAACCAGCAUCAUCAAACCAUGGUGGACUCAUUUGCUCCAUCUAACUCAUCGGGAUCAUCAACUUCUCAAGACAUCCAACUACAACUACUAUCCCAAAUGGAUAUAACGCAAUUGUCUGAAAUUGCAGCAAGAGCUGUUGAAGAGCUCAAGUGUCUAUUCGCUACCGAGGAAGCUUUAUGGGUUAUGUCAUCUAUCGAUGGAACAUAUGUAAUUGACCAAAAGAGCUAUGAGAAGUUCUCGCACUCGAUCAAAAAUUUCAGGAACUUGUCUGCUCGUGUCGAGUCUUCCAAAGAUGUCACGGUGGUUCCCAUAGAAGCAAAAGACUUGAUUGAAAUGUUCUUAGAUUCGGAAAAAUGGAAAAGGCUUUUUCCAACGAUCGUGACCAAGGCCAUGACGAUUCGUAAGUUCGGAUCCGAGUUUCCUACCAAAGAAAACUGCAACAACUUGCAAAUAUGGGAGGAAUUACACAUUCUGUCGCCGCUAGUGCCAGCAAGGGAGUUUAUGAUCGUUAGGUGCUGCCAAAUGAUCGAGGAAGGGCUCUGGAUUGUUGCUGAUGUGUCCCAUAGAAUUUUUAAGUCUGACCAAAGCAACCCUUUUUGUUAUAAACGUCCUUCCGGUUGUCUCAUCAGAGCAUUGCCCGGUGGUCGCUCCAAGGCAUCAUGGAUCGAGCAUGUGGAAGUUGACCAUAAACCCGAUGCACAUCGGAUAUAUAGAGAGCUUUUAUGUGGCGGCUCAGGCUACGGGGCUAAGCGUUGGACCACCACUCUGGAAAGAAUGUGUGAAAGGAUGACUUUCUACUCCACCCUAAACGUUCCAGCUACUGAUUGGAGUGAAGCUAUACGGACAAUGGAAGGAAGAAGGAGUGUAAUGAAAUUAGGGGAAAGAAUGGUGAGGAACUUCAACGAGAUGCUAACCAUGUCCGGGAAAGUUGAGUUUCCACAGCAGUCUAAAUGUGGAGUCAGAAUCUCGAUCAGGAUGAACAAUGAAGCCGGUCAACCAUCCGGUUUAGUUGCCAGUGCUGCGUCUUCUUUCUCAGUCCCGGUCACUCCUUUGCAAGUCUUCAACCGCCUGCGAAACAAUGAGACUCGUCACCAGUGGGACGUACUUUGCCAUGGAACCGCACUCACUGAGAUCGCUCGCGUUAUCACCGGAUCAAAAGAAAACAACUACAUCUCCAUUCUCCAGCCCAUUCUAAGAGAGGAUGAUGGCAUAUCUAUGUCAGAAGGCCCAAACAAGAACAUGAUGCUGAUACAAGACUGUUACAUGGACGCAUUAGGAGGCAUGAUAGUGUACGCCCCUCUCGACAUGGCUUUAAUGAAUCUCGCGGCCUCAGGUGAAGUCGACCCUAUUAAUAUUCCAGUCCUUUCUUCUGGUUUCACCAUCUCAAACGAUGGCCGGCGAUCCAUGGGGGCUGAGGAGGGUGGAACUAUAAUCACAGUGGCUUUUCAGAUCCUUGUCUCUGGUGAAGAAAAUAGGACAGGAGGGGUGAAUGAGCAGUUAGUGAACAUGGUGAGUAGUUUGAUCAGCUCCACUGCUCGAGACAUCAAGCUCUUGCUCAAUUGUCCUGAUCUGGAAUGA